CGAGCACUGCCGGCCGAGCCGGAGCCGGAAAGCAAAAAUUCAACACUUACCAUGGUCCACUGCCCGCCCGUACCGGCUCCUGGACAUUGUCUCCGAGUUCCACCCGAACCCUGUUUUUGAUGCCGGACGCCGUGUCCCUGAUCCGAAAAGAUGAAUGGAAUCGACGGAAACAAGCCCCUGAACAGGGCGGACGAGGUCGAGCGUCUUAUUGAUGCCGUGAAGGCCCUGAUUAUCCCCUUCAUCAGGGCAGCCGAUGAGGCAGUCCCGUCGAGAGCCGCUGGAGAGCUGCUCCCCAACAGCCAGGGGGCCGUUCACAACGCGCUCAUCGACUCCCGGAGACCUGAGGAUUUGGUGCGGGAACUGUCGUUACGUCUGCCCCAAGGCGAGGGGCUCGGCGAGGACGGACUGCUUCAGACCAUCAGCGAUGUGCUCAAGUACAGCGUCAACACGUGGGACCAGGGCUUCAUGGACAAACUGUAUGCCAGCACCAACCCGGUUGGGGUGAUCUCGGAGCUGCUCCUGGGAGUGCUAAACUCGAAUGUGCACGUGUACCAGGUCUCGCCGGCCCUGACAGUGAUCGAGAAGCACACGGCUAAAACGCUGGCCGGGCUCUUCGGCUUUACGGGUCCCCGCGCAGGAGGCGUGACCUGCCAGGGAGGCAGCUCGUCCAACCUGACGUCGAUCGUCAUCGCGCGCAACACCCUCUACCCGGAAUGCAAGACCCAGGGAAACAGCAACCGCUCGUUCGUCCUCUUCACCAGCGUCCACGGGCACUACUCGGUCGAGAAGGCGGCCGUGACGUGCGGGCUGGGCUCGUCGGCGGUGUGGACGGUGCCGGUGGACGCAAGAAGCGGGAGAAUGGACGCGUCGGCGCUGCGCAGCCUGGUGCAGCGCGCGCAGGCCGAGGGCAAGACGCCCCUGUACGUCAACGCCACGGCCGGCACCACGGUGCUGGGCUCGUACGACCCGUUCGAGGCGAUCGCGGCCGUCUGCAAGGAAUUCGGCCUCUGGCUGCACAUCGACGCGAGCUGGGGCGGGCCCGCCAUCUUCUCGGCCGCCCAUCGCCACAAGCUCCGCGGCUGCCACCUCGCCAACUCGCUGACCGUCAAUCCGCACAAGAUGAUGAACGUGCCCGUCACCUGUUCUUUCCUCCUCGGCCCGGACACCGCCGUGUUCCACCGGGCCAACACCCUCCCUGCCGGCUAUCUCUUCCAUUCUUCUUCUCCAUCUUCUUCUUCACCAUCACCUCCACAGAUAACAUCAACGGACAACGAAAAACCAAUUCCCGAAAUAUCAGCGCAACCACCACUCGGGAAAGAAGAGGACGUUCAAAAAGAAGAAGAAGCAGAAGAAGUCUGGGACCUCGCAGACCUGACCCUGCAAUGCGGUCGCCGCGCCGACAGCCUCAAGCUCGCCCUGUCGUGGAUCUACCACGGCGCCGCCGGCUUCGAGCGACAGGUCGACCACGCCUUCGCGGUGGCGGCGCACCUCGCCGAGCUGGUGUCGCAGCGCGACGACUUUGUGCUGGUGUCCGAAAACCCGCCGCCGUGUCUGCAGGUGUGCUUCUACUAUGCCCACGGCGGGAAGGUGGCGGAGGAUCACCAAGUCAAUACGGCGCGGACGCGGGCCAUGGUGCAGAAGUUGGUGAGUAGGGGGUAUAUGGUGGAUUAUGCGCCCGGGGAGAGGGGCAGUUUCUUUAGGGUUGUGGUGAAUGCGCAGACUUUGAAGACGACGGUGGAGGGGUUGGUGAAGGCGCUUGUUGCGAUCGGGAGGGAGGUUGUUGGUUGAGAGAGGGGUAAUGGGUAAUGGAUAGGUAGGUAGAUGGGGGGUUGGAAAAGGGGUCCAUGUAGAAUUGAUGUAAUCCGUAAGGUGAGGUAUUGCGAGAUACAGGACAGACAACACCGGGGGUUGAUAACUCUCGUAUACGGAUACCCAACUUCACAAUGCGGCAGAGGGCCAUCACAAGGAGAAAUGGUGCGGCUGUCCCUUCAUCAGAUACUGUGCAUCCAUUGUAGUAGGAAGCAUGUAUUGAGCCUCAACGAGCGACGUGGUGGCGUGAUGAGCAUCCGUUAACAGAAACAUAACCCAUUGUUACCAAUGGACCCGAGUUGUAUACAACCGCUAUCCCUUCAACGGCAUAAAUAAACCCCCCAGCUUUCAAUCCUAGCUCAGAAUUCGUUCUGCUUCUUGCGCAGAUCGAACACACGGAUCGCCUCCUCGGC